CCGCGCCGUGCAGGUACGGUCACCGCGGCCCGGAGGUGGUCGGGGGUGCGGGGGUGGUCCCCCGGGUCCCCGCAGGUGCCUGGCCGCCUCGCCGGUGCCCGCGGGAGGAGCAUGCGGCGGCGCCAUGAGCGAGCAGUGGGACGUCGGCCGGGCCCUGGCCCUCUCCGGCCUCUUCCGUCUCCUGCAGGGCGCGGGCAAGGCCUGCGCGGCCCCGUUCCUCACGCUGUACCUCCGGCACCUGGGGCUGCCGGCCCCGCUGGUGGGCGUCGUGGCCGGAGCCAAGCACCUGGCGGCAGCUCUCUGGGCUCCCCUCUGCUCCCGCUGCCCCAAGGGCCGCAGGAAGCGGCGGCUUUUGGUUGCCGGCUCCUUGCUGGGCUCGGCGGGGGCCAGCCUGCUGCUCACCCUCAUCCCGCCCGCCGGCGGGGACGCGGGGUACAAGUACUGUAACGCCAGCCAGCAGCCGGGUGACCGAGGGGCCGCCACCACGGCGGCCGGUCUGGGCACGAGCAGCUACGGUGUUCUAAGCGCGAGUGCUAUUACGAAUGCAAAAGCUGGGUCAAAAGAAACGACGAAAACAACUGCUGAUGUUUUGAUGGCGAGCAGAAAGCCAACACUAACCAGUUCGGCCUUCCAGGGAUUAUUUGGCCUGACAGAUAGGCUUGAGAAAAAAGGCAGAGGGGUUGGUGAAGGUGAUACAAAGACGGAUGGCUACUUGGUUGGUCCCUCCAUCUGGACAACUUCUGUGAAAGCAGUUAACUGGGAGACACGAGAGCCAGAAAUGCUGUCUUCCUACAGACCUCCCUUACGUGGACUCAAGAAGGAAACGAGCAGUCUGGGCCCUGCUGCAGUAGAUCUUGCUGAUAAUGCUGAAGAAAGCCCUUACGCUAUUGAAAGUAAUGAGCUCUCUUUGUUUAAAACAACUCUUCCUACUGUUGGAGAUGCUUACGUGUCUGGAAACCUUUCAGACCACCGGAAAGAUGCUCAAGAUUUCAGUUUCAAGGCAGUGCAAAACAUCUUUCAGGACAGAGAGCAUCAGAUUUUUCUUAUGGUACUGGGUGCUGUUGUGCUUUGGGAGCUGUUGGCUACUUCUCUCGAAUGGACAGUGGAUGAGAGUCUCUAUGAAUUUCUUGACUUCGUUGAUGCGACUGAUAGGUAUGGCAAGCUGUGGAUUUGGAAUUACCUGGGUGCAUCUGUAGGCGCCUGCAGCAUUGCCGUAUUCGUUGAUCAACUGAAUUGCUUCCUCAGCAGUAUAAUCACCCGCCUUGCUGUCCAUUUUUAUGGCUAUGCUCUCCUGAUAACACUGUCGUUGCUUGUCAGUGUCUUCUUUCCCAUCCAUGUUCCCAAGAAAACUGACCGUGUUAACAAAACCACCAAAGCCCUGGCCCUACUGUGGAGCGACGGCCGAGCAAUCCUGUACACCAUCACCAUCUUCUUCACUGGCGUGGGUGGGUCUGCGGUGCACAACUUUCUUUUCUGGCAGAUGCAGGACCGAGGCAGCAAAGACGAGAUUGUUUCCAUGGCUGACUCGACCACCACCAUCGAUGACAUUGAAGGGGAGCUCUUCAAAAUCGAGAGGAUCAGGGAGAUCCUGGUGAGGAGGGAGUCAGAGCUGCGGUACAUGAUGGAUGACAUUCAGCUUUGUAAGGAAAUCAGCCGGCUGAAAAAGGAGCUUCAAAAACUCAUAGCUCUUCCAGAGAAUGAGAAGUCCAACGAGGAGAAGCAGAAGGAAGAGGAGCUGGUACAGCAGAUACACAAGCUGGUGGAAACGCGGGAUUUUCUGGUGGAUGAUGUGGAGUUUGAGAGGCUCAGGGAAAGGGAAGAAGACAAGGAAAUGGCAGAGUUCCUGCAAAGUAAGCUCUCCAAAAGCUACCUCCAGAAAGCAACUCCUGUCAAAGAGAAGAAAAUGACUUCCAGGGGACAGCAAACCUCCACACCAUACAUGACCAAAACGGGCCUCACCCUGCUCAAGGAGUGCUGUGGCUUCACCUGCUCCAUCAUGUAGGCCAGCGCCCAGCUCCUCUGCACAGGACAUGACCAUGGUCUCCAGCCAGAGUCCACAAGCUGCUCUCCUCCGAGAGUUUCAACUUCCCGUCAUUGUUCAUGCUUCCCACUGCAGCACCACCACCGAAGAGACUUCCCAAGCAGGCUGGUGCAAGCUUGAAUGAUGGCAUACGUCCUUGGUGCCAUGUCAACGGUCGUCUCCUCCAUGACAUCAACAAACACUGAAUUCCACCCGAGCUCAGCUUGGAAGAGGUGUGUGCGGCAGCGGCAAGCGAGUCCAUGACAAAGAGGACUGGUGCAGUCCUUCACCUGGACAGAGUAAUAAAAAAAGCACUGGGAGCUCAUGUUUGGAGAACAUUGUGCUCCACCAUCCAAGACAUGCUGUGGCCAUAGAUGAUGUCUCAUCCUUAGCCUUGUAUCACCUUGUGAGUCUCUGUGGGAUGAUUCCUGAGGACUCUUGGUGGGGAAUGUCUCUGGUCUGGGUUUUGUUGUGUUUGCAUUGUUUUUAUUGCAAGGUGCUCUAUGGCUCUGGGUGUGUGAAAAGCAAAGUGUGAAGGGCAGUCCCCAGAGCCAGCUGAAUGAAGGGCUAAUUUUUGUGAAGUUAUCACCUGAGCACAGACCUGGUGUGCUGAACUAUGGGCAGAUGAGUUGCUUUCCCCACCUCACUAUUACUGGUUUCAGUUUUCAGCUCCAAGAAAAAGGUGAUUAGAGCAAAAGAGAAAAGGAGAAAAAUUCAGAAGAACAGGGCAACAUGCAGAAGGAAAUGAAAACCAAACAGGAGACUGGAAAAGUGGCAGGUGAAGGUGGAGACAGCAGGUGAGAGACAUUCUCACUGCCAAGAGGGCAUUCAGUCCUGCCCUCUAGUGCCCCAGCCAGUGCCUCUGGGCUUGGCACCAUGAGCUGGACAUAAAGUCCUGUGCAAAAGACUCAUGCACCUUGAGGUCACCCAGUGUCUCAGUUCCUGUUGUCCCUUCUGAGCAUCCACUCGUGCUGAGGUGGCACAGCCAGAGGUGCUAAUGCCCAUCAUGGCAGGACAGGGCUCUCUUCCUCGCUGAGUGCGAAGGCCUCUCACAUCUCCUGCCCUGCCUGCCCUCCUGCCCUGUAGGCUGCUAUGGCUUCACCGGGUGUCCUGGGGUGGCCUCCCAUUUGGGUGGCUGCCCAAGAGCUCUGGCUGCCCUCUGGCCAAAAUGCUGAUUCCUCCAGCUCAAUCCUGCUGCAGCUUGCUGUAUCGUCUUGAUAGUGUUCCUGCAUGGGUCACUGUCUGACAUGCCCAUGCCAGUGAGAUGGCUGCAACCCAUUUGGCUCUUUCCAUUGCACCUAAUAGCACAUUCAUUCUUAUAAAACACAAUGCAGGUGGGAUCCUUGCUAGUGCAAUGCCAUAAGCAGGUCCAAGUUCCUCCUGCAUUUCUUUAUCAGCACUGCCAGAAAACCCAGUCUGUGGGAACCUGUUCUCUAACCUUUGCAAGGGGGUUUCCACUCACUUGUCCUUCCUGAGCAAUCUCCUCCCCAUAUGGAUCUUACCAGCAGCCAGAAAAGUCCACAGACUAAACCAGUCCCUCUGCACCCUCACAGACCAGGGAGCAAGGCCUGAAUGGGCCCACGACACCUGGUCACCUCUAGCAAACUUGACCUCGCUUUUGUUUGUGUCAGCUCUGAGUUGACUUCAGUGGUCUCAGUCAGGUGUCAGCACUCUUUGUGCUGCUUAUUGUUAAUGUCCUUCAGCAUCCUACAACCCACCUGCCAGUUCUUGGUGCUCUUCUUGCUUGGGGGAGACUUCAGUGUGGGCUGGAGGGAGCACCCUGGAGAUCACAGGGGCAAAUUAAGUCACAGAGAGCUCCUCUCUGCUUUGCCAACCCUGUGUAAUGGAGUGAGGUGCAGUACACAGCUGGGGCUGAUGUUCAAGCAGGGGUGACAGGCCAUCAUCCGUAGCAUCCAUCCUGGAGUUGAUGGGACAGAUUGGGCCACUCAUUCCCUGCUCUUCCAGAAACUGUCCAGUGGCUGCUUGGUUUGGUCACUCUGCAGUCACACACAUGGUGCGAUACAGGUGUUUGCUUUGAUCACACAGACCAAAGGCUCAAGACCCAGAAGGCCCCAUCACUGUCCUUGCCUUCCCCAGUGUCUUCUUGGGAAGGGUGACUAACUAAGCCAGUUUGUUUGGUUGGACCGAGAGGGAGCCAAAGGUAAGGAAGAGCCCUUGAUUCAAAACUUGUUCCCCUAAUUCAUCCCUACCUCCACCCCGCAAGGCCCCAAGACCCAGACUUCAGCUGCUGAGCAGAGCUUGGGCAGGCAGGAGGGUGGCUGGGGGGAGAUGGGCAAGGUCCUGGCCUGUUUUGUUCUGUGUUUACUGGCUGUGUUUGUGUGGCUGGUCAUGGAGAAGGAGACAGGCUGCUGUCCUUGUCAUAUGAUGCUAUUUGGCCUGUAUUUUAAUUGAUGGCAAAGGUGCGCAGCACACGGGAGCGACGCUGUUUCAUGUACAUUGAUUUCAACCCAAACAAAUAAAUGUCUGUUGGAA